AUGGCGGCGCCCUGGCCUUCGGAUUCUUCUCCGGAGGCUUUAGCCGCCCACCUCCUGGGUGUGCUGUGGUUCGUGUCAGUCACCCCUGGACCUUGGGGGGCUGCUGCCACCGCCGUCGCCGGGGGCGAGGAGACGCUUAAGUGCGAAGAUCUCAAAGUGGGACAGUAUAUUUGUAAAGAUCCAAAAAUAAAUGAUGCCACUCAGGAACCAGUUAACUGUACAAACUACACAGCUCAUGUUCGAUGUUUUCCAGCGCCCAACAUAACUUGUAAGGAUUACAGUGGCAAUGAAACACAUUUUACUGGAAACGAAAUUGGUUUUCUUAAGCCCAUAUCUUGCCGAAAUGUGAAUGGCUAUUCAUACAAAGUGGCCGUUGCUCUCUCUCUUUUUCUUGGAUGGUUGGGAGCAGAUCGAUUUUACCUUGGAUACCCGGCCUUGGGUUUGUUAAAGUUUUGCACUGUAGGGUUUUGUGGAAUUGGGAGCCUAAUUGAUUUCAUUCUUAUUUCAAUGCAGAUUGUUGGCCCUUCAGAUGGAAGUAGUUACAUUAUAGAUUACUAUGGAACCAGACUUAUAAGACUGAGUAUUACUAAUGAAACGUUAAGAAAAACACAGUCAUAUCCGUAA